AUGGAGAAUGCUAGCUACCAAGUGUUUGAACCUGCGGAGGUAAGAGUGCCAGGGAAGAGGUUUUUGUCGGCCAAAGAGCGAAAUAUGCCAAAAGGAAAGCUACAAAGGUGGGUGCAGGCUCUACAGCAGGAGGUUAUGGCAGGAAAUGAGAACUCGGUCAACCCAAUUGUACUAGCAUACAAUGGCAACCACUACAGCUGGAUGAAAUUUCAGAACAUCAAGGAAAACUCAGAGGAGAAGCUACUGGCGCGACGGCGAGAAAGCAGGAAACCACCAACCCAUCAUUAA